CCCUGCAAGUUCCUCUGCUUCUCUUCUCAGCGUAUUCACAUCUUCGGCGGCAAUUGUUCAUCUUCGGUUUUGGAAAUGGCGAAGAGAACGAAGAAGGUCGGAAUCGUCGGCAAGUACGGUACUCGAUAUGGAGCGAGUAUCAGGAAGCAGAUCAAGAAGAUGGAGGUGAGCCAACACAGCAAGUACUUCUGUGAGUUCUGCGGCAAGUACGGAGUCAAGCGAAAGGCUGUUGGUAUCUGGGGAUGCAAGGACUGCGGCAAGGUCAAGGCCGGUGGUGCCUACACCAUGAACACCGCCAGUGCUGUCACCGUUAGAAGCACUAUCAGAAGGUUGAGAGAGCAGAUCGAGGGUUAAACAAUCUACUUUUAAUAAUUUUGGCUUCUUUGUUUUUUGGAAUUGUGUUUUGGAGUAGUACUAUGCUUGUGUCUUUGAUUCAAGACGUCGUUACAUUUGGCCGUGAAUCAAAUGGUUAUUCGAGUUUGGUUACUUUA